AUGUUCUUGAAGGAUAUUCCUAGACACCUGAUGGCGAAGAGAGCCCAGUUUAAGGAUUUUGCAACAUCCCUGAGAAAAAGUGGAAUUAAAUAUAGGUGGUUGCUACCACAAGGACUGACAUUUACCUACAAAGAUGUUAAAUAUACAAUCACCACAAAAGAAGAUGUUGGAAAAUUCCUGAGAAAAUACAAGAAAGACCUGGCUGGCUACACACCAGGUCAGAAAGAGGAAUCAAGCCAAGAAGAAGAUGGCAGAGCGUUUCGGAGCGUGCAAAGCAACUUCACCGAUGUUCGACGGCCAUCCUCUUUGCAGCCACUCUCCCCUGCCUCGGGGAAUCCUCGUGGGGUCGUGCCUGGGGUGGAAUUCGAACCUGGGACUUCCCGGCUCACAUCCUUUGGCCGUUACAUCUGGCGAGGAAGCCCGGACCAUGCGAGCCGGGACAGCGGCAGCCAGGACGUGGGAAACUGCGCCAGUGACUUGGGAGCGGGCGGCGGGGCGGCAGGAUGCGGGGCUUCGGCGGGCGGCCGGGACCCUGACUCGACGGGGCCGGGGGCCGGGCGAGGACUCCCUCCCGGGCUCCGGGCGGCGGCGGCGGCGGCGGCGACACCCGUCCCGGGGGAGCGCAGGAUGAGCAAGCCGGCGGGAUCAACAAGCCGGAUUCUCGACAUCCCGUGCAAAGUGUGUGGCGACCGCAGCUCGGGCAAGCACUAUGGGGUCUAUGCCUGCGAUGGCUGCUCGGGGUUUUUCAAGCGGAGCAUUCGGAGGAACCGGACUUAUGUCUGCAAAUCGGGAAACCAGGGUGGCUGUCCAGUGGACAAGACACACAGGAACCAAUGUAGGGCUUGUCGGCUGAAGAAAUGUUUGGAAGUCAACAUGAAUAAAGAUGCUGUUCAACAUGAAAGAGGACCAAGGACAUCCACAAUAAGGAAACAAGUAGCUCUUUAUUUCAGAGGACACAAGGAAGAUAAUGGAGCCACCCCUCACUUUCCCUCUGCAGCUCUACCAACCCCAGCGUUCUUCACUGCUGUCACACAGCUGGAACCCCAUAAUUUAGAAUUGGCUGCAGUUUCUACAACAUCGGAAAGGCAGACUUUGGUGGGCUUGGCUCAACCCACCCCAAAGUAUCCACAUGAAGUCAGUGGUACUCCAAUGUAUCUCUAUGAAGUUGCUACAGAAUCUGUUUGUGAAUCAGCGGCAAGGCUUCUCUUCAUGAGUAUUAAAUGGGCCAAGAGCGUUCCAGCCUUUUCUACUCUGUCAUUACAAGACCAGCUGAUGCUUUUGGAAGAUGCUUGGAGGGAACUGUUUGUUCUAGGAAUAGCACAAUGGGCCAUUCCAGUUGAUGCUAACACUCUACUGGCUGUAUCGGGCAUGAAUGGUGACAACACGGAUUCUCAGAAGCUGAAUAAGAUUAUUUCAGAAAUACAGGCGUUACAGGAGGUCGUGGCCAGAUUUCGCCAGCUUCGUUUAGAUGCGACAGAAUUUGCCUGCCUCAAAUGCAUUGUCACUUUUAAAGCUGUACCUACGCAUAGUGGUUCUGAACUGAGAAGUUUUCGGAAUGCUGCUGCCAUUGCAGCUCUUCAAGAUGAAGCUCAGCUCACCCUGAACAGCUACAUUCAUACCAGGUACCCAACACAACCCUGUCGUUUUGGAAAACUCUUGUUGCUUUUGCCAACUUUACGUUCAAUUAGUCCUUCGACAAUAGAGGAAGUGUUUUUCAAAAAAACCAUUGGAAAUGUGCCAAUUACAAGACUACUUUCAGAUAUGUACAAAUCCAGUGACAUUUAAAUUGACCUGGCAAUUUUAA